AUGCAAAAUUUAACACAAUCUCAAACCUUAUACAAACCAGCACGGCUUUUCUUUCACUUGACUUUGGCUUUUCUUUAUCUAGCUCUUAUUGCAUGUUUACUUAAUUUCUUACAGCAAAGUUCUAGCAGACCCGCAAACAUCAACUCGUCUCCAUGUAAAGCUCUACUAUUUACUUUCCAGUUAAGCAUGUCCUUCCACUUAAUUGCUUCUCAUGGACGAGAUCUUGCACUCACUUCCGAGAUCAGAGACGCUGUGCCAUCUACUUGCGUGGGCAACCUUCUAGAAAAUUCCAAAAAGAUUUUUGGUCGUGUUGAUGACCAAAAUAGAGCUCGAAACCCAGGACGCAAAGUCUGAUGUGCUCUAGGAUUGUUUUGCUUGCCGCUUUGCCACCUUUGGCCUUGCUGGACGCCAUCCAACUUCGACAAACCAUCUCCUCUCUGAGUAAAAAGCUAAUCCGUAAUAAACAUAUAGCCAACUAUCCAGCAUUUCGCUAGUAAAGCCAUGCCGGAUACGCAUUUCAGAGCAAUGCCCCGCUUCCAAAAGGUUCACAUACUCCCCAUGAAUCUUCUCUACUAACGGUGUUAAGGCUCACCACACCAUUUUAAUGCAUUGCUCCUAUGCUUGCAAGAUUGCAGUUAUGAAUGUAAAAGACUGAUAUAAGCAAGGUUCUGGAGCGGUUAAGUGAAAAGGCUCUCUUCUUGAAGUUUAUUCUUCUGGAGGUGUAAUAGAGGAGAAGUCUUAUUCUUGGCUCUCAAAUCACUAUUGUGGAAGUCACUCACAUGGCUGCUCCUCUAAUUGUGAUGAUUGUGAGUGUUAUGACUCUAAAGUGGCUUGUACAACAUUUUAA